GCCUCCGCGCGCGCCGCCGUGUGUCGACUUACCAUUAAAAUAUAUUGUACCGCUCGUGUGUGUGUGUGUGUGUGUGCGAUAUCUGCGCCCAGCGAAUAUUAUUAUUAUUAUUAUAACAACCGCCGCACACGGUUCACAGUCGCUGACCGGCAUCGCACACGAUUAUACACCGGUACGCGUGGAUCCCACGGAAAAAUAUGCUUAUCAGCCCCAGCGGCGCACACUGUCACUUGUCCGGCGUAUCUCAUCUACAAUGAUCACCAGCGGUCUCGUGGUGGACGGCGUCGGCCAUGGGCUGCCCACCCAUCUGCCGUACAACCACCAUCAUCCCGUCGUACACAGCCGCAUGUCGUACAUGGAACAGUCCUACAUGAAAGCGGUACCGGCGCCGUCGCCGCAGUCGUCCGAACCGGUGUCCGCCACGCCGGAGUUCCUGAGGCCUUUGCCGAAACCGGCGCCGGUCAAUCCGCUGAAAGCCCCGCGGGCGUCCAAAUACCCGCCGCCGCCGCAGCCGCCGACCGAAAACGCCUGCCGCCCCGUCAACCUGACGCAGGCCAAAGAACCGCCGCCGCCGCCGGAACACCUGAGGCUGGACGACCGGCAUCACCCGUACACCAUGUACGGGCACCCGCGGUUGUACGUGAGCGCGUCUCCGUACCACCCGUACCCGAUGCCGGCGCCGUACGGCGUGUACACCAGCCCGUACGCGCCCGUCUUGCCCAGGGACGCGCGGCACCUGAUGCAACCGCCGCAGGAACGCCGGUACCCGAGCCCGCCGACCAAGAGCACCGCCCGAACCAGCCCGUCGUCGUCGUCGUCGCCGCCCGAACAGUUCAAGGUGCCCAACGGCAGGGUGGACAACAAGCAGACGACGGCCCAGCAAAGAAUACUCCAACCGCCGCACCCGGUGUCCGCCCCGGCGGCGGCCGCCGAACCGCCGGUGAAAAGACCGCGGACAACGCCCGAACCGCCGUCGCCGCCCGCCAAGACGUCAAACUUUACCAAAGGCUCGCUCAUCCGUUUGGCCAACGGCAACAUCAAGAAGGUGGAAGACAUGAGGACCGAAGACUUCCUGAGUUCCGUCGAGAACAGCGACCAGCACCGGAUCGAUCCCAGCACGGUGGUGAGAAUCGAACCGGUGACGGACGCCAAAGAGAACGUCAUAAGGAUCACGCUCAGCUACGGCGACCAAAGAAAUCAGGUCGGCGCGGACGCCAAGAGGACGUCGGCGGCGUGCAAGUCGCACCAGGUGGAGAUGGAGAGCGGCGCGGAACAUCCGUAUUUCGUGUUCGGCCGGGGUUGGGCGUCGUGGAGCCCGGCCAAGACGUUGGCCAGGUACGGUCUGACGUGUCAGCGGUUGCAGGUGGGCGACGUGUGCGUUUCGCUAACGAAACGUACGGCGGCUGCGGCGGUGACCGAAGCUACGGUCACCGUCAACGCCGCGGUGCACGGCAAAAGACGGUCGCAAUUACAGGUGACCGCCGUACAGCAGCAGCAGCAGCAGCAGCAGCCGCAGCAUCACCAUCAUCAUCAUCACCAUCAACCGCAGCCGCAGCCGCCGCCGCCGCCGCAAGCCGACGACGACAAGACCAGCGCAGGCCGGAACAAGAGGCGGUGGUCGGCGCCGGACCCGGAACCCGCUACUUAAGAAAAUUAAACGAAAUUCCGCGUUUGUGUUAUUAUUAUUAUUUUAUUUCGACUUUCUCGACGAACGUCCCCGAGCGAAAUUCAUGUCAAAAAUCCUCUAGUCCGUCGUGC